AAUGCUAAAGCUUAAAGGACUGUCGCGAACUGCCAAGGAACUGAAAGAUGAGGCUGGGGAGAGAGACAGAGACGUGAACACCCUAAACAGCAAGCUCUUGAACCUGCAGCUUGACAUCAAGAAUCUCCAUGAUGUCUGCAAGAGGCAGGGGAAAACCUUGCAAGAAAACCAGCUGUGCGUAGAGGAAGCUAUGACCAACAAGAGCCAUAACAAGGCGCAAACCCAGACAGUGGUGUUCAAGGAGAUGGCGACGGACUGCAAUCCCAAUAAGCAGUGUCACCUGAGGCAGCUUCAGCAACUGAAGAAGAAGCUGCUGAGCCUUCAGCAGGAGCUGGAGUUCCGCACCCAGGAGCUGCAGGCUUCCUACUGCUCCCUCCUGCAGUACCAGUCCAUCCUGGAGAAGCAGACGUCUGACCUCAUGCUUCUCCACCACCACUGCAAACUUAAGGAGGACGAGGUCACUCUCUUUGAGGAGGAAAUGGGGAAACAUGACAAGAACACGGGGGAAAAGCUCCAUCUGGCUCAAGAGCAGCUUGCCUUGGCAGGGGACAAGAUCCUCUCCCUCGAAAGGAGCUUAAACCACUACCGGGACAAGUACCAGACAUCCCUGAGCAACAUCGAGUUGCUGGAGUGCCAAGUGAAGAUGCUGGAGGGGGAGCUCAGCGGAAUUCUCAAUAAGGUUCUGGAGCGUGAGGAGACUUUGGUAAAAUUACAAGCCGACUUCACUUCCUACACGGCCACGCACAGGGAUCCCUCUGCCUCCUCAGAUGACUGUGAAGACAUCAAAAAGCUUCUGAAGCACCUGCAGGAGCAGAAAGACAGCCAGUGCCUGCACAUUGAGGAGUACCAGAACCUUGUGAAGGGCCUGAGCCUGGAGCUGGAGGCUGUGUCAGACCAGAAGAAAAACAUCAUGCAGGACAUGAUGAAGCUGGAGCUGGAACUACACACACUGAGGGAAGAGGCGGCAGCCCACGUUGAGAAGAAGGACACGGAUGUCGCCAUCCUGCGUCAAAGCCUGCUGGACCUGCAGCAGCAGUGCACAGAGACACAGAAGCGGGCCCUGAAGAAGGACCAGUUGCUCCAAGACAAGGAUGAGAGACUACACGAGCUGGAGAAGAAACUGGCAGCGGCGCAGAACACCCUCAUGGAGAAAGAGAUGGAGCAGGAGAAGCUACGGCAGAUUAUAAAAGACCUCCAGACCCAGCUCCAGGGGAUAACACCGAAGACAUGCAGAGUGGACUGUGAGGCCGGGCUGUGCGAGGCCCAGAAGCUGAAGGAGUGUCUUGAGGAGACCAAGGAGCAGCUGAAGGUGGCAGAUCAGAAGCUAAACCAGUGUAAGGACGAAGCACAGAUGGCCAAAAGCAACCUUCAGGACGCUCAUCGGAAAAUUGAGAAUUUCCUUCUCCUGGAUAAGGAGAAGACAGAUGUCAUUGAAGAGCUGCAGAGUCAGGUGCAGAAGCUGAAGAAGGAGCGCAAGGCGCAUGAAGAGGAGCGAGCAGAAAACAGGAAGCGGCUCGAGGAGCUGGCCUCAGAACUCUGUGAAAGCCAGAGGAGGCUUUCAGUUUCAGACAAGGAAAAGCUGAUGCUUCAGAACACCCUGGAUGAAGAUGAGAGGAAAAGAAACAAGUUGCUUGAUGAAGCCAAAUGUAGCGAGCAAAAGCAAAGGGAGCUAACAAAUGCCAGAAGCAAGCUAGAAGAGGAACUUCUGGAGGUUAAAAUAUUACUGGAGGAGAAACGGGAGCAGCUGAAAAAGAGCAAAGAGCAGGAAAAGUUGCUGGAAGCAGAAAUCGAGGCUUUGCAACAGGAAGCGAAAAAGAGGGAGAAGACGGCGAAGGAGCACCUGAGGAAGCUGGAGGAGGAGAAAGAGAACCUGCAGACGGAGCUCAACAGCUGCUCCUCACACCUGGAAAGCGCCACCAACAAAGUCAACAACUGCAACAGGGCCAUCCAAGAACUCAACGCGGAGAUAGCCCACCAGAAAGACUCCAUCAUGAGUCUGCAGACGAAGCUCGACUCAGCUCUACAGAAAGAGAAGAAGUUAAUGCAGACCAUGGUCAGUAAGGAAGCCUACGAAGAAGCCAUACGCAAGUCGGGCAUCUGCCAAGAUGACCUGACACAAGCUCUGGAGAAGCUCACUCAUGCCACCUCUGAGACAAAGAACCUGCAGCACAUCUUGCAACAGACCCAAGAGAAGAAAGCUCAGCUGGAAAAUGAAAUCAUAGCUUACGAGGAAAGGAUGAGAAAGCUCAACGUGGAGUUAAAAAAACUGCAGGGCUUCCACCAGCAGAGUGAGCUAGAGGUGCACAACUUUGACAAGAAACUGGAGGAGAUGAGCUGCCAGGUGCUGCAGUGGCAGAAGCAGCACCAGAAUGACCUCAAGAUGCUGGCGGCGAAGGAGACGCAGCUUCGGGAAUUCCAGGAGGAAAUGGCUACCCUGAAAGAGAACCUCCUUGCGGAUGAGAAGGAGCCAUGCUGCCUGUCCCCGAGGCCCACAACCAAAGACACCUGUAGGAUCCACCAGGACAAUGAUCAGAUUAUGUGCAACAUGGAGCAGUGGGCAAAGGAGCAGAAGAUUGCCAAUGAGAAACUCGGAAACAAGCUUCGAGAGCAGGUCAAAUAUAUCGCCAAACUGACUGGUGAAAAGGACCACCUCCACAACGUAAUGCUCCAUCUGCAGCAGGAAAACAAAAAGCUGAAGAACGAGAUAGAAGAGAGGAAGCUGAAGGCCGGGAACGGGAGGAUCUGCAACAAAGUCCUGAGCCCAAGCAAACUGGAGGCCACCACAAAGGGGAAGCCGUGCGGUGUGAUGGGCUGGAGAGGAGUAACCCAGGACCUGCCACCGAAAACAGAUGUCACCAAGUACAUGGGGAUGCCCCACUUCUCGGGAUCCUCAUAUUCCUAGAAUCGGACCAUCGCCCUAAGCUCCUUUCUACUCGGUUUCUGAGGACCGUGAGUUUCCAUCCCUCUUACUUGACUGGAACCAGCCCCUACGGUCAUCUGUCAAGACCCCUGCCUAGUUUGCAAGAUGUUCAUGAUUUAUUG